AUGUCUUCCGGCUACGCGAUGACGGAGCCCAACACCGCCGCCGCCAACGGCAACCACACCGCCGUGGGCACCGAAGUCAACGGCAACAACUCUGGCUCGCUCCACAACGAGAAGCACGCCGCCAAUGGGAACGGCACCAUCGCGCACCAGGCUCCCCAGUACCACGCCCAGGGCUACUCGCUCAAGCGCCAGCUCACCGCCGGCGGACAUCUCGCCGACGACGACCUGAUCGCCAUCGGCAACGCACACCGCAGGAUCGCCAACCCGCUGCCACUCGGAGUCUUUGGCUUCUCGACCACGACGCUUCUCCUUUCGCUGUACAACGUCGAGGCCGCCGGUGUCCAGGUCCCCAACGCCAUUCUCUCCUACGCCCUCGUCUUCGGUGGUGGCGCCCAGUACCUCGCCGGCUUGUGGGAGUUUGCCUGCGGCAACACCUUUGGCGCCACCGUCUUCUGCAGCUUCGGCCUCUUUUGGUGGGGCUUCUCGAUGAUAUUGAUUCCGUUCUUUGGCAUCACGGGAACCUACAACGGUCGCCCCGGUGUUUACGCUACGGGAUCGCCUUUCGCGGGCGAGGAGGCGGACGCGAUCGGCCUUUACCUCUGGAUCUGGUUCGGUAUCACGACCGUGUACCUCAUUGCGUCCCUCCGCGGAUCCGUCGCUCUGUUCGCGCUCAUCUUCGCGCUCUGGAUCACGUUCAUCCUCCUCGGACUGCACUACUACCUCGACAACCACACUCUCAAGAUCGCCGGCGGUGCUUGGGGCAUCAUCACGGCUGCGUUUGGUUUCUACCUCGGAACGGCCUCGAUGUUGACCAAGAACAACUCGUACUUUACCCUGCCCGUCAUCUCGCUCGCACCCAAGUCGCAGCGUUAG